GUCGCAGCUCUAUCCUCACCUUGUAUGCUUACCCCAAUUGUCCAACACUCCGCCGCAACGACAUUGCCGUCCACGUCGUCUAACGUUCCUAUACCGGUAGUCGCUGGGAUUGCAGCUCUUGACGUCGAGCAAGCUGAGCUUCGCACCAAGGUGGCAGAACUGGAGCGUUCGCUCGUCUCUGCGCGAGCGGAUAUCGCUAAGCACGAGGCAAACAGCCUCUUUGUGCAGUGGCUUCUCCAGUUGCUUUCGCCGCCGGCAGCAUGCGACUCAAAGCUGUUUCUUUGCGACGAUCGCCCGUCAUUCAACUUGACCCAAGAGGCUGCGCAGCUGGAGCAUCUCGUCGCUGCGUACGUGGAGCGACCGACGACUGCGCUCGCUGCGAUAAGCGCCCAGCUCGCUCUUGUCAACAAAAAAUGCUCAUGUUUGGUGCAGGAGGUGGCUGCCGAGCGGGCCAAGACACAACUCCUUCAGCAAGAGCUCGAACACACCAAGUCCGAGCGAGACGAAGCCGCGCACCAUUUCCAAAGAGAGCGAGAUGCGCGUGUUGCCUUGUCCAAGCAGCUCACCAAAAUGAAGCAGCAUGCUCAGUACCUUCAGCGCGACUUGAAUGCGACGCGGCGAUCUCUGAUCGCCGAGGCGCAUGCACCCCGCGUCGACCAGCUUACACAGCAAUUAGCACCGAUCCAUGCACAGCACUCUGUGCUAGAGCAUGCACACAACUCCACACCACGAUGGUCGCGCUCAAGGACGAGCUGUGCAACGUGCCACGCGCCAAGAAUGAGGAUCGGCUUCCACCGUUCGAGAGGAAUCCAAGAGAUACCUUAGAGACCGAGGGUGACAACGACAUUGUCAUGGCAACACAUGCCUGGGACUUGACGCCCAAGAUGACGGCAAAUCACAAGCAACGCUUGCGCUUGUACCUUCAAGGUCAGAGGGCGGCAAAUUUUGACCAGCUAAGCAAUUGCCAAGCAGUUGAUGUAGUA